UCCGCGCGACAUGGGGCGGGGGGGCGGGUUCUCUUCGGAUGUUUCAUUCGCCAUCUGCACGUCACUCCCAAAACUUUUCCUCCCUGUGCUCGGGGAGUCAGGUUGACGCGCCCCGCAUGCCGGGCUCCGGGCGCGGGGCUAGGCGCGCUCCCGCGGAGCCGGAGCCGCAGAGGCUGGGCUGCCCCCGCCGCCCCCAGGCUGGACUCCGGCUUCUCAGGUAAUCUGACAUCUUGAGGAUUUUGUUCCCCAUGAAGAGGAGACAUUUCAAAGGAACUUUAGGAUGUGAAAGAAGAAAUCUCCAUGGACUCUGCGUGGAUGGUGUGUCUGUCCAUCUCUCAUUGAGGCCAUGAGAUCUUCUAAUCCCUUGGGUGUUUCCAUGUUCUCCAGCAAGAACACUUCCACUUCAUUUGGUGCCAUGGGAAAAACCUGAAGGUCAGGAAGAAUUGCUCCUGACCUUGUGGCUUUUUCCAGGAUUACAGAACAUGACAGUUGGACAUCAUUCAUGUUAUCUUUCAGAGGCAAACCAAAGAACGUGAUCCCUCAUUCUCUGGUGUUUUGGCACCUGCUCAUUUUUACUCUUGUUUCUGUUGCUUGUGCCUUCUGAUCAUCUUAUGUGAUCACUGAGCCAUCCUCCAAGUUUCACAGCACGACUUGCAGGCAUCUGGACUCCUCAGAGGCUCGCCCAUGGCUCAGUGGGCCAGCAUCCAGGGGCAUUAUCAUGAGGCACUGCAUUAAUUGCUGCAUCCAACUGUCGCCUGACGACGUACAGACACAGCAGGUCAGCUGCCGAGGAGGCUCCCAUCACGGUCGCCAGGAGUGCCCAGUGUGCAAAGCAGAAAACAAAAUUGUGUUUCGAGUGGACGGUAAGCAAAUGAACUUGCUGGCUGUUCUCGAAGUGAGGGCUGAUGGGAAUGAGAGCUGGGGUGGGUUUUUGCGCUUCAAGAAGGGGAAGCGAUGCAGCCUCAUUUUUGGAUUGAUAAUAAUGACGUUGGUGAUGGCUUCUUACAUCCUUUCUGGGGUCCACCAAGAACUUCUGAUCUCAUCGCCUUUCCAUUAUGGAGCCUUCCCCAGCAAUCCCAGCUUGAUGGAGGGUGAAAAUCCAAGUGACGCAAAAGAGCAUCAUCACCAAUCCUCUGUAAAUAAUAUUUCAUAUGUGAAGGACUAUCCAAGCAUUAAGUUAAUUAUCAACAGCAUCACAUCCAGGAUUGAGUUCACCACCAGACAGCUCCCAGACGUAGAAGAUCUCAAGAAGCAGGAAUUGCACAUGUUUUCCGUCAUCCCGCACAAAUUUCUUCCCAACAGUAAGAGCCCCUGUUGGUACGAGGAAUUCACGGGCAGGAACACCACCGACCCCUACCUGACCAACUCCUACGUACUCUACUCCAAGCGCUUCCGCUCCACCUUCGACACGCUGCGCAAGGCUUUCUGGGGCCACCUAUCCCACGUGCACGGCAAGCACUUCCGCCUCCGCUGCCUGCCGCACUUCUACAUCAUUGGGCAGCCCAAGUGCGGCACCACCGACCUCUACGACCGCCUGCGGCUGCACCCAGAAGUCAAGUUCUCUGCCAUCAAGGAACCGCAUUGGUGGACCCGGAAGCGCUUCGGAAUCGUCCGCCUGAGGGAUGGGCUGCGGGACCGCUAUCCGGUGGAAGACUACCUGGACCUCUUUGACCUGGCCGCACACCAGAUUCAUCAAGGACUGCAGGCCAGCGCUGCGAAGGAGCCGAGCAAGAUGAAUAGAAUCAUUAUCGGCGAGGCCAGCGCCUCCACCAUGUGGGACAACAAUGCCUGGACGCUCUUCUAUGACAAUGGCACAGACGGCGAGCCUCCCUUUCUGACCCAGGACUUCAUCCACGCCUUCCAGCCAGACGCAAAGCUGAUUGUCAUGCUCAGGGACCCUGUGGAGAGGUUGUACUCCGACUAUCUCUACUUUGCAAGUUCGAAUAAAUCUGCAGAUGACUUCCAUGAAAAAGUGACAGAAGCUCUGCAGCUGUUUGAAAAUUGCAUGCUGGAUUAUUCAUUGCGCGCCUGCGUCUACAACAACACCCUCAACAACGCCAUGCCUGUGAGGCUCCAGGUUGGGCUGUACGCCGUGUACCUUCUAGACUGGCUCACCGUCUUUAACAAGGAGCAGUUCCUCAUCCUCCGCCUGGAAGACCACGCCUCCAACGUCAAGGACACCAUGCACAGGGUCUUCCAGUUCCUCAGCCUUGGACCCUUAAGUGAGAAGCAAGAGGCCUUGAUGACCAAGAGCCCAGCAUCCAACACGCGGCGUCCCGAGGACCGGGAUCUGGGGCCCAUGUGGCCGGUCACCCAGAGGCUUCUGCGGGACUUCUACGGGCCUUUCAACGCCCAGCUGGCGCAGGUCCUCACCAACGAGGCCUUCCUGUGGAGGAAGACGUGAAACCGGCUUCCUGGCACCGGCAGGGCCGCGGUUUCCGUGACUUCCAUGGUCUGAAGGUCUCUCUUGGGGAACCCUUGCACUCAGAGCCUGGAGGAGACCCCCCCUCCCUGGGCCCGUGUUUGUGGAACCCGGUUCCGAAUCCUUUGUGACGUCACGCAGCCCAGCAAGGACCCAUCGCCAAGCCUUGGAUGGAGGCUGUUGGAAAUUCCACUUGGAAAGGGGUCCCCUUCUGCUCUGAGAGUGUCCAGGCUCCGGGACGAGGCAGGCAGGCGCUGGGUGGGGUGCAGGAGGGUGCUGGGUGUGGAGUCUGGGCUUUGAUGAUUCCGAGAUCCACUGGAGGCCCCACCCCAGGGAGGGCCAGGAUACACACUACACAUUCAGUUUCACAAUCCUCUGUUCAGGUCACUAAACCUCAGGAUGGCGGAGAAUGGAGGCUCUUUGAUUUUUUUUUUUUUUUUCGCCUUUUACUCCAAAGUCAGUCCUUCUGUCUCUUCAGAUAUAAACCCCAUCAACUUCACUAUUUACGAGAGAAAAGACACAAGUCAAUUUUGGGUAGCACAUUCCUGUCUCGGACCUCUUCCCCUUCUGUCCUCGUGGACUUUACUUAUGUUUAAAAAGAAAGCGAAUGUAUUUAAAACAAACCACUUUCUGCAUUUCACUGGCUGGAGCUCUCUUUUUCUGUCCACAUAGAUGUUUUCUCAAGAGUUUUUUUUUUUUUUUCAAUUUCUAACUGGAGAUAUAAAUU